CACACUGUAAAAAUUCGCCGAGAAAACAACAACAGACAGCUCCCGUUCAAAUCGACAACAAAAACUAUAAUAAAAAAAAAAUAAGCGGGCCGAAGUGGGUGCGCGCGCGGGUCGAGGGGAGGCAACGGUCAGAAAUAAGCAAUAUUGUGCUGUGAUUUUUGUGAGUGCGGCGUCUUUGCGUGUUUUGUGUGCUUCCGAUUCCGAACUCGCGAUUGUGGUUGUGACAUUUCGGGUGGCUUUUUUAUAGCAACAAGCAAGAGCGACGGCGGCGGCAGAGAACGUCGAGUGCAGAAAUGUCGAGGGAAUUUGCAUAAUUUCGGGUCGGAGCAACUAUAUAAAUUGUAUAAUAAGCGAAACGUGUUUGUUUGCCAAGAGAAGAGGCAGGAAGUGGACCCGGAGGACAGGGAGGCUGGCCUUGAGCCCAGAUCGACACCAAUGGCCGCCGGGGGAUGCAGCAAGGAUUCCACCUCGACCAUCGAAUCCACCACCCCAGCUGAUGCCCGAGGUUCCAACCAUAGCAACAACGAAAGCAGAAACAACCACAUCCUUAUCCGCAUCUGCAGCCGCAGCCGCAUCCCAGCAUAAUGUCAAGUGCCCACUACCAGGCACUCGAGCCACAGACUUCCGACGAGGAUAACGAGGACAUCGAGCAGCGGCGGCCGAAGCAGCAGCACCUCCAUCAUCAUUACCACCUGCGCAACCACAGCGGCUCCACCACGACAGCCUGCUCCUUGGCCACACCGGUCAUGGCCCGGAAGGGGCGUCGUCGCUGCCUGCUGCCCCUGGUGGGCGGGGUGCUGUUCUUCAUAGCCUUUUGCUACCUCACCCUCAGCGUCGACACGCGCCUCGCCCUGGGACUGGGCGGUGGCUCCGAUGACUCGGACGACGAGGGAUCCCACAACGACUUAGGUAAGCGGAUGACUAAGCCUAGUCCGACAGCGGAGUUGCAUUUGGAAGAGAAGUCGGUCCUUGGGAUGCCGUGGUCCUCCGAGAUGCAGUUUCCCUCGGAGCAGAAGGUGCCCCCAGAGAAUAAGUUGGCCUCAGAGAAGGAGCUUUACUCGGAGGAAGAGUUCGAGAAAGAGAUGUCCCUUGACAACGAUAUGUUCUUAGAUAUGUUCUCCGAAAACGAUUUGCCUUCGGAGAACGAGUUUUCUUCAGAGGAUGAGUUUCCUUCAGCUUUGUUCUUAGAGAAAGAUUCGCCUCCGGAGAACGCUUUGCCCUUAGAGAGGCCCCAGAACAUGCCCCACGACGAAUUAAACAAUACAAGACUUUCAAGAUUCAAGAAAAAAAGAAAAAUGUUCCCAGAGAUAUAUAGAAACAAUUUCCGGCCACUCAACGAAACCGUGCAUAUAUGCAGCGAAAGCUACGAGGAUCGCCGGCUGUUUAUGCAGGACAAACCCAAUUCGGAAUAUGGACAGUUGCCGGUGAUUUACUUUGUUACCCCCACGUACCCAAGGCGGGAACAGAUUCCGGAACUGACGCGUCUGGCGCACACGCUGCUCCAUGUCCCACGGUUGCACUGGCUGGUGGCCGAUGAUCAGCAGAAAUGCAACGACUUUGUGGACACGCUGCUCAAUCGAUUUGGCAUUCCCUUCACCCACAUGGUCAGUCCCAUGCCUGCCAAGUUCCGGUAUGCAGACCCCGCACCGCGUGGCGUGGCUAAUAGAAGAGCUGCCUUGCAAUGGCUGCGGCAGCACAACCUCACCAACGGAGUCCUCUAUUUUGGGGACGACGACAACACGUAUGACCUCCGACUCUUUUCGGAGAUCAGGAAGACCCAGAGGGUCUCCAUGUUUCCAGUUGGUUUGAUUGCCGACUAUGCCAUCAGCGGGCCAGUAGUGAGAAAGGGCAAAGUGGUGGCCUUUCUGGACUCUUGGGUAGCUGGUCGACGUUGGCCGGUGGACAUGGCCGGCUUUGCGGUGAGCUUGGAGUAUAUGGCUCAGUAUCCCAAUGUAAAUAUGCCGUAUAAGCCCGGCUAUGAGGAGGAUCUCUUCCUACGGAGCAUCAACGUGCGUAUGGAUGAAAUCGAGCCGCGAGGCAAAAAUUGCACAGAGAUUCUGGUUUGGCAUACGCAGACCAAGUCCAAAAAGCUGGGCGUUGUACGCUUGGAGAGCAAAUACCUAGACGACCGCUCCAAUCUGGGCGCCCUUUUGCGUAACCUAAAGCUAAUGGGGGUGGCCAGUAUAACAGAGACCGAGGUUCGCACUGCACAGAUAAGCAAGAAUGGCAAGGCGAAGCCGCACUCCAUGAUACUAAGCUGAGAGCACGGAUCCCAGCAACCGAAAACAAUCCCAAAUAAUACUCAUAGAUGUUUAGAGCUAAUUGUAUAAUAUUACAGCAAGAGCCCAAUCUCGAUUCAACCGCUCUCCCCUGCAUGCGUUCUAGUUAUCAGUGGUUUUUUCGCACAACACAAUAUUUUGAUUAUUAUUUAUUCUCUGUUCUCGUCAUAGUGUUUUAAUAAUAACGAGUUUCCAGCUAUUGUUAAUUAGUUGUAGAUUAGGUUGUUCGUGAUAGCCAGAUAGGAAACACAAGACAGGAUCAGGACUUAUAUAAAUGUAUGUAUAUCAUCAUCACUACCAGUAGGUUGUAAAGUAAGUUACGAAAGUUGUUAAUUGCUUUUUAUAUUCUAUGUUUUGUAUUUUAAUUUGCAAAGCAAACUAAAGCUAAUAGAACAAGCCCAUAGGACGGAGCUUCAUUGAAUUAGGCAACACACAGACAUUAGACUUGACAAAUUCGAUCUUAGGUUAACAUAUUUUUUUAAUAUCGCUGAAACCCAAACGCUUUAGUAAUGGGCAAAACAAUAAUUUAUAAUGUUCUAGUAAGGGGCUUUUACCGGCUCCACGAAUAAUCAGUUACUCAAUCAAAGCGAUCAUAAGCCAUUAUGUGAACAAAUAAAUACUAGUUUUAUAAAGCUGUCUCCAAAAGAA